AUGACGUCGGCUUUCACUAGCCCCCGGAUCCGGAUCCGAACGGUUCAACGCGGUAGGAUCAAACUACCGAAGUACCUACCCCAAAGUCUGACACCAAAUCUCCAAGUCCCAGACACAUCCGCACCAUUCGUUUUGCCCGAUUGUAUAGAGGUGCACCUUCUUCUGUUUCCCCCAACUAUGCAGCUGUGGUCUCACAAGGCGAAACAAGACGCCCUGAACCAAUCAGACGAAGAGCGGCGUCAGCAGCCCUCGUUGCGCGAGAUGCUCGACAACAAGCCCCGAGCAACAGAAGGCGAUCACAAGGACUCAUCCGGCCCGAUACCGAUCAUUCUAUGCGGUAAGACAGAGGCGAUUGGUCGCGGCGUCAUCGAGGGCCUGAAGCCGGAAUAUGAAGAGAGUCCUGAAGAAUUGAGGCUCACAAUCCCCCAAAUAGUAAUCCACUUCAUCACCACCCCCGCCUCAGGAGCCCUCAUCAUCCCAGCCCUCCUGACGUCUUCUCCACCGCCGCAGCACCCAGACACCAGCGCAAUCGGCAGCGGACACUACGCCUCCCCGCCCCGCGCCAUCGUCCUGGGCGGCGCAUUCGAUGAGGAGGCCGUAAAAUCCCUUCAGAACGCCGUCGUCGAACAAGGGGUUGCGGCCGCGUCGAGAAAGGUUCCGUGGCUGAGGCACGACGGGAGUAAAGCCGCGCCGCCUCCCGGGCCAGAGUACGGCAAGGCCAUGGUCGCGAGGGUGAGGGAGAAGUUGGGGCUGUUGGAGGGGGAGGGAAAGUUGGAUGGUGGGUAUGGGGGUGACGAGUGGUAUUAA